UCAUUCCUGUUUAUUCGAAUGCAACUGUCAGGUGUCAAAAUACUAGCAAUUUAUAAUAAUUACAAUUCAAAUUCAAAUUCUCACAUUUCAAUUCUCAAAUUACAAUUCUCACAUUACAAUUCUCAAAUUGCAAUUCUCACCUCAAAUUUAAUCUCCUCUCAUGGAAUUUACUCCACAACAAAGUGCUUCAACAUCCCGUCUGAAAUUAUGCAAAGAGUAUUUCCCAAUGUCCCCUGAUAUUUUUAAUGCAACAGACUCAGAUCAAGAAGAAUCAUCAUUGGCCGAUGGUUCUGCCAACUCAUGUUCUUCAAAUCAGACAAGUGAAGAUAUCGAAGACAAUGAAGUUGCAUUUCUUCGAAGAAGAAUUCAAGUGUUGGAGAUUGAAAACAGGUCCCUUUAUAGAAAAAUUGACGAUAUGGAAAAGAAGGAAAAGAAGAUUGCAGAGCACAAUAAAGUGAAUGUUAAGAGACCAAGAACAAGUCAUUUAUUGGUUCCUUUACUACACGCAUCGACUGUGGAAAUCGAGAAAUCGGAGCUGGACGAAGUGUUGGUUGUUGCCAAAGCUUCACGUGAAAAUUUAAAUGCUACUGUCAAUCGGCUUUUAGAAGCUGUCUACUCCAAAACCUUUUUAGGAAGUCAUUCGUUAUCUGGGGGAGUGCCGAAAACAAAGAAAAAAAUGUCUACCCAUCCAAAUCAGACGGUCAAGCCAGGUCUUCCCAAAAAUGACCUGGAUGAUAUUAUUCGGUUUGUUAAGAAUACCUGGGAAGAGAUUCACGGCGACGUUCUUCCAGAAAAAAACUGUCCCGUUAGAAGUGCAAUUAAGGUUAAACUAAGCACUGAAUAUCGUGCCUUGAAAAACACGUACAAGUGAGGUUGUGGAAAUUAUUCGACCUAGUGAAACUGCAGGGCGCUUCAUUUCAUAUCGUCUUGUCUGUUAAUAUCCACAUUAAUAUCCACAAAAGAACAAAGUUGAGGCCCAGAGAGCUACAAUUGUCAAGCAACCUGCACUCCUGCAGCAAUCAAACGUGUAGACUGUUUUUAAAAGUAUUGAUUAUUGGAAUGUCAGGAUGCAAAU